GCUCAAAUUCAUUUGUGCUCAUGCAGCUGAAGCCACAACGUUGCAAGAGAAAGAAGAAGUGACACAUACAACGUUGGGACACAUGGCUACCACAGUGGAUUAUUACCAGCACUUGUGAAGUGCAACACGUACAAGGAUAUUCAAGGAUAUUAGAGAAUCAGCCGACAAAACUACUCUGUCACCGUCACUCAAAAACAUAAAGAUGCAGUGACCUUUUUAAAAUCAGGAAUUUUAUUAUUGAUACCAGAGCCAGCUGAUGUUUUUGUGCUGACUUGGAUUAUUUUUAUUUUAAUUUUAUGUCUGCUGGACAUUUAAGUUGCGGCUGCAAAAACACGUACGUGAGGAGCUAACCAUGCACUGACAGCAAGGUGAACGGCAGCGCUGGAUGGGGGAAUGGAAAGCAUCAGCGUGGAAACGGACUGGGAUGCUUUAGCCCUUUCUUCUGUGGUGGUGGCAGGAAGUAACAACCUCUCUUCCACAUCUUUGCGUGAACUAAACUAUCUCAACGGCUCCCACAGCAGAGGAUCCUUCUUUGGAAUCUUUUCAGAGAAUGGCUCACACACCACCCCUCACACGCUGCCCCAGCCUAGGGUGAGGGACCAGGGCCUGGCCCAGGUCGAGAUCGCCGUGCUCGGAGUGGUCCUGGCUCUGACCACACUGGGGAACAGUUUUGUGCUGUGGGUGCUGCUCCGGAGGAGGAAGCACAAUGCGCCCAUGCACGUCUUCAUGGUCAACUUGUGUCUGGCGGACCUGGUGGUGGCAUUCUUUCAGGUUCUUCCCCAGCUCAUAUGGGACAUCACCGAUAAGUUUCAAGGACCUGAUUUCCUGUGCCGCGCCGUCAAGUACUUGCAGAUUGUGGGCAUGUUUGCUUCCUCCUACAUGAUAGUUGCUAUGACGGUGGACCGGCAUCACGCCAUCUGCUGCCCGCUGCAGGCCUACCGUGGCGGGGCAAUGUCCCGUUGGAACACCCCAGUCAUGGUAGCUUGGGGCCUGGCACUCGUACUCAGCCUUCCACAGGUGUUCAUCUUCUCUCGUUCAGAAGUAAGUCCUGGGGAGUUUGAGUGCUGGGGUCACUUUGCCGAGGCUUGGGGACUCAAAGCCUACAUCACAUGGAUGACGGUGGCGGUCUUUCUUUUGCCCGCCCUCAUCAUCACCAUCUGUCAGAUAAGAAUCUUCCGGGAGAUCCACAAUAACAUCUACCUGAAGUCAGAAAAGAUGGUAAUGACUGAGCUCAGGAGGAAUGAAAUCCUCUUCCGCUUCCACAGCUUUAAGAAGGAAGAGGAGCGGGCCAAAGAAAAGGGUCAGCGGAUGUCUGGUAGAUCAGGGCAGCACUUGAAGGCUGUGAAUAACACAAAUAAUAAAAGCCAAGAGGGGGAGUCUUACGACUACGUUGGAUCCACGGCAUCAACAACAUCACCCAUGGAUACUCAACUGCAGCCGAACCGUGCUGAUUGCCAGGAGUCCUGCACGCCCUACGAGGUGGGCUCAGGAUCGCCUCGCUGCUCCCUCGAUUAUGCCAACCCUCAUUCUGGGACAGCUCCACCACCUAGCAUCACCAAAGCCAUGUCUAAAACGGUCCGAAUGACGCUGGUCAUUGUGCUGGUCUAUACCGUCUGCUGGUCCCCUUUCUUCAUUGUCCAGCUGUGGGCCGCCUGGGACCCCAACCCUCCCAAUCAAGGCGUGGCCUUCACUAUCCUCAUGCUGCUGGCCAGUCUAAACUCCUGCACCAACCCAUGGAUCUACACGGCUUUCUCCAGCAGUGUUUCCAGAGAGCUGCAUAAUCUGCUGCUUUGUGGGUCACGGCCUGGACGCCGUGGCUCGUUACCCGAUGACUCCACCGCCACGCACACCUCCACCACCAAGGACAGUCAGUACUGACAGAUAAGAUUCAGGAGACAUGCAAGUGCUCUUUGCAAGGACGCAACUCUGCCACGUCAACUGAGGUUGUCUGUUUCUGCCGGAUGUUCCCGACAACAUAUGACAGCGAGGCCGUCAACAGGAACUCCAUCUGCAAAGGUGCUCUCCAGUCAUACAGUGAAUGAGUAUGUGUCACUGGAAGCAUCAGUGUAUAAUAGAAUACACAAAGACGGUGUCAAUCUAGGUCGCCUCUUUUGGGUAAAUGGAUUUUCACGCCAGCUUGAGUACCAUGCGUACUCCCUGAGGAAAGCCUUCAAAUAGGGAACAGCAGGAAUGCAAGGCGUUAAAGGCUUGUUGGCACUCCCAGUGUACACAGCUGAAGACAAAGCUAAGGGCAAAGGAAAAGAAGAGAGGGCGAAGUGCAUAUAUGUACGCAGAGUGAAGCAACAGCAAGGCUCCUGCAAGACUGAGAACAGACAGUUGCUGUCGUGGAUGGAUGGAUGGGAAUUUAAUAAACAAAUUUAAUGAACAAACUUUGUUCAAUGAAAGAAAGUGAAUCAGCAACGGUUGAAUUUACAUUCACGAAGGAGGAACCCAGUGUCUUGGAAGAAUAGUGAACUGUGAGCGAGCUGGUCACAGGCUCACUAAGGAGCCAGUGGAGUCAAGGCUGACACUGACAAACAAAUGACAAACAAAUGUGAUUUCUAUUACACAUGAACACAGCCUACGAGGCCUCAAAGUAUGAAAUGAAGCAUUGUGCUGGAACAAGAGGAGACAUUAAACCUGCAUUCCAUGUAGAAGAAUGAACAAGUUAAAAUAUACGUAUUGAAGAUGUAUGGUGCACAUUAGACAGGACUAUAUUGUGUCCAAGAUAAAGGUUGCUGGAUGUGACUCAAUUCUGCAAGAUAUUUAUUGUAUAUUAGUAGUGGUACAAAGGUUUUUUUCAAACUUUCAUAUCAUUGAGCUUCACCAGAUAAGACAUUUCAAAUGAAUCAAAGUGUACGUCAUUCAGGUUGCAUGUCAGCUCCACAAAAACGUUAUUCAUUCGCGGCGAGGGGGUGCUGGAGCCUAUCCCAGCUGUCUUCGGGCGAGAGGCGGGGUACACCCUGGACUGGUGGCCAGCCAAUCACAGAGCACAUAUAGACAAACAACCAUUCACACUCACAUUCAUACCUAUGGAUAAUUUGGAGUAGCCAAUUAACCUAGCAUGUUUUUGGAAUGUGGGAGUCCCUGGAGAAAACCCACGCAUGCAUGGGGAGAACAUGCAAACUCCACACAGAGAUGGCCAAGGGUGGGAUUGAACUCGGGUCUCCUAGCUGUGAGGUCAGUGCGCUAAAAACGUUAUCUUGAUCAUUAAACUCGUCCCAGUCUGCAGCAAGUGACUGUGAUGUCCGUGGACGUUUUUCGAGAGGCCCCUCACUCUGGCGAAAUCUCACGCUAAUGUCAGCUAUGUUAUUCUAGACGGCACUAUCAGCAGAGGCAGGCUCUUAUUUUGUAACACCCCAGCAUACAGUCAUUCUUCUUCGGGAGCUGAAUGACAAACUAAAGGGGAAUUGCACUUUUUUUGGAAUUUUGCCCAUCAUUCCCAAUCAUUAGUAUGUAACCCUGAACAUAUACUUAUUCCCCUUUUCUGUCCAUUACAACACGAGAAAAUGAGUUCAUUUCAGCUAGCGUACGAUGCUGUCAUUGGGAUACACCUAUUUUGACGAAGAGGCCGUCUAAAAUAAAAACCUCUACCAACGUUGCAUGGUUUGAUAUCCAUGCUGUGAUCAUGCAUUAACACGUACACUGAUGAUAACAUGGAAUAGUUGCAGUAUCUUGCCGUAUAUGGAUGAUUUAAAAACCUACCCAAACUUCUUUCAUUGGUGCAUUGAUACUAGCUAGCUAACACGACACCUCGCUAACCGCUCGCCUCAGCGUCAUUCACAGACGGAAGAGUGGAUACCUAGCUCUCAAAUUCGUUACAAAGACUCAAUAAGAUGCUGGUUUGCCGUCAGCAUUUUGUACCUGAGGACUUGAUCACAUGUCUUGUGCUGGAAGACACAGCCAUCCCAAGGAGAGCGGACAUCGGAAGUGCAACUAUUACAUGUUAUCAUCAGUGUACGUGUUAAUGCAUGAUCACUGCAUGUAUAUCAAUAUGUGAUGUCUGUAGCCGGGUUAGCGCUGUUAGCGCUUCCUUCACACGUUCACCAUGACGACAGACGGUAAACAUGGUUGAUGCCAUCUUUAUAUAGCAAUGUUUAUAACGUCUUUUUUGCUGUUCACUCCCGCUAUGCAGCCUCUCCCCUCCAUAUAUCUGCAGGGAUAUCCGAUCAUUCAGCGUAGUGGGGAUGCUCAAAGCUAACAGCUGCUCCCGAGUGUAAACAAUGGAUGGACCAAGAUGAACAUCCGUAGCUGCACACUUGCUUAAGGGGUCGGUAUGGCAUAAAAACAAUAAGGAAGUAAAAAUAAACACUAAAAACACAGCAGGAGACACAGAGCUGCUGUAACUAGCUUGCACUUGGGCGCCAUCUUGAAACAUGAGACCUCCGCAUCAAAUCCAGUCUAUAUCGAUAUGAACCAUAUGCUUGUUUUUGAUAUUGUGCUUAAAAGAAAUAUAUAUCCCCCAGCCCUAGUGUAUCCCAAUGACUGCAUUGUAAGCUAGCUGAAAUUAACACGUUUUCUCGUGUUAUAAUGCACAGAAAAGGGAAAGAAACAUGUUUUACAUAAGGAUUGGGAAUGAAGGGCAAAAUUCAGAAAAAAAUUGCAGUUCCCCUGUAAGUACACAUAUUGUGUUUGUUGUUAAGUUAAAGUACUGCUAUGUAAGCUCCUGGACAUGCCGUAGGCGUCAGUGCAUAUAAGCCUGGUUCCCACCACACAGGGCUGCAACGUGGGUUACAACCGCACAAACCAAUGAGCUUCAAACAAAAACGCAAACGUCUUCAAACUUCUGCCCAUAACUAGAAUGGCACCCAGCAAAGCGCAGGCUGAACUGCUAACGAAAGUGGAAAAGGCAGAUGCUCAGAGCCAUUUUUGUGUUUGUUUGUCGCGCAUGCAAACUCAACAGGAGAAUCUAACCCAUGUCUUCCCAACCUCCUGAAUGUGUGGCCAAUAUGCCACCGUGCAGCUGGAAAAUAUACAAAAUGUAUUACAAUGUAACUUAAAAUGACAAAAAGAUAAAAACAAAUUCCUUAAGCAAAAGUGCAGAACUAUUGUGGGCCAUUGUGUUUAUUUAUUUGUGUACAUCUUAGAAAGGUAUAGAAAAUGGAUGGAAGCCAUUUGUUAAUUCCUGAAGCAUGAUAAAAAAAAAAAAGUUAAUUCUGGUCACGGUCAACAGUUCCAUGAUAACUCAAAUGGCAAACAGAGAAAAUACCAGGAAAUAUGUCAACCAUAAGUGGAACAAAACAUGGAGUGCUGUAAUUAUUUUUGUUUGUCCUUUUGUCUUUUAGAUUGCGGACCAUUUCAUGGUUUCCGGAGUAUGGUAUAGGAAUAGACGGACAAUUUGCCUUCUCACCUUCUCACUCUUAUUGCGGUUGUAUUUUCUACUUGGGUACAAGUACACUGUACCAUACUGAGAGUUGUUUCUCUCAAUACUGUAAAUAAAAUGAUAUAUGCAGUGUCCUUCUACAACAUUGCAAAUUACACCCAUUGUAUUAAACAUUUGAAUGAAUA